GGGAAAUGCACCGGAGAUCAGGCAGGGAUUGCUUAAAGUCCCUUGCCUUCAUCCAGGCCUUGGAGCAGAUUUCAGAAGGGUUGGGGAGCAUCGAGAGGCCACGAUGGGAGAUUUAAAUUAUUAGAUGCUCUCGCUGAUAUGGUUUUGACGCAGAAAUGCCUCAGUGGACCCCCUCUGACGUAAAACCACAGAGCAUCGUGACACCUUCCAGACAAUGUGAGCAUUCUCCGCCUCCAAUCCGUUACAGCUACCGAGCAGAGAAACACUUUGCACAAGCUCAGAGGCACCCUUGGUGUCCUUCAUCAAGGCACGCCUUCCAGGGCUGAGCAGGGGGAAACUUGAAAGCAGUUGCCAGGGUGCUCACCCCCUGAAAGCCUCUAUCAAAUUUAAGGCAUUGUCCAGAGAAUUUGUGCCUGGGGUAUAUAGGAAGACCUGAACACAUAUUUUUCAGAUGUCCCUUUUACAAUGAGGCAGUAGAGAAACCAUUGACCCCCUGCUGGUGAGGCUUGCUGACCUCCCGGUAAAGCAAAAAUUCAAUCUUCUCCUGUUAGGCAAAGACCACAAGACGACCCAGAUUGUCGCCAGAUUCUGCACACAGAUGUGUAGGCGCAGACCAUCCCCCGAUUCAAUCUAGUUUGUUAAGAAAAUUCCCAAACCCGGAUCCACAGGUGACUUUGGGUCAUUUCUCUAAGAAAAUGCACUUCCAUCUCUGCCCCUUCUGAAUUCGCCAGCUGCUUCUCUUUGCUGCAGAUCCGAGUUGUCCACCUUAGUUCACUCUGGAACUCCAACCCUGGAAGAAGAAUGACUGACAAAGAGGAAGCACAGGAUCAUCAGGUUUUCCUGACAGGUGAGGGAGACGUCAAAAUCGAGGAAGAAAAGAGUGGUGAAGAGCUACAGGAUCGCCUGGCUCACCUGGCAAGAGAAAGAGACAUUGAAAUCAAGGAGCAAAAGAGAAGCGAAGAUCUGCUGAAAGAGAUUGAAGCAGAAAGGAUGAAGAUUGUCAAGGAGUGGAAGGAGAUGCACCAGGUUCUUGAUGAACAGCAGCAGGUCCUGCUGAGCUGGCUAAAGAAUGAGGUUCUCCGAGUCUCCAGGGAGACUUCCCUCCACAGUGAACCAGGAAGGGAAAAGGCACAGCAGCCGUUGCCGGGUUUACACAGCACUGGCCGCAGAGAUGAUACAUUCUUCCCGAAACCACAGCCGGAUUUGGGGGAGCUGGAGCAGAAGCUGAGCGAUUUCUCCCACAAAAGGGCUGCUUUGCUGGAAACGCUGCUGGCAUUCAAAGAAAAUCUACAUCUGGAGUUGAAGAAGAAUGGAGCUGGAGAAGGGCAGGUGAGCAAAAUGGAGGAUGAGAAACUUCCUGAAUCGGAAGCAGCUUCUGAGGGUGAACAUGGCUCAAAAAGGGAGCAGAGGAAGUGUCUGGACAAAGGGGAGGCGGGGAAAUCUGUUUCCUGCAAAGAAAGCAACUGUGACCUUGAUGGGCACAAAAUUCAGCCAAGGACGCAACAGGUCAAGAAGCAGAAAAUGUGUGGCGUGUUCAGGAAGAGCUUCAGCCAGAGGUCAAACCUUAUCACACACCAGAGAACCCACACCGGUGAGAAGCCGUACAAGUGCACAGAUUGCGGGAAGACCUUCCGCUUCCGCUCCAACCUCAUUACGCACGAGAGGAUCCACACAGGGGAGAAGCCCUUCAAGUGCCCGCUUUGCGGGAAGGGCUUCAGCAACCAGUCGGGCCUCUUCAGUCACAAAGGGACUCAUCGGGAAGAGAAGCCGUACAAGUGUGGCGAGUGUGGCAAGGGUUUCAGCAGGAGACCGGGCCUCAUUGUCCACGAGAGAACCCACACAGGGGACAAGCCGUACAAGUGCCCCGACUGCGGGAGAAACUUCAGCCAGAUUUCGGGCCUGAUCGCGCACGAGCGGAGCCACACGAAGGAGAAGCCGUUCAGAUGCGUGGUUUGCGACGGGUGCUUCAGCCAUGCCUCUCACCUCGCUCUGCACGAGAUGACCCACAUGGAACAGAAGGCGUUUGAGUGCCUGGACUGCGGGGAAAGCUUUGGCCGGAAGCUGGACCUCACUGCGCACCGCCGGAACCACACAGGGGAGACAUCGUACGAGUGUGCGUACUGCAGGAAGCGCUUCAGUCAGCGGCCAAGCCUGCGUGCCCACGAAAGGACCCACUUGAAGAAGCUCUACCCAUGUGUUGAAUGCGGGAAGAGCUUCCGGAGCAGCUCCAACCUGAAGUCCCACAAAAGGAUCCACAUCGGAGACAAGCCCUACAAGUGCUCAGCGUGUGGGAAAAGCUUCAAGUGGAGCUCCAACCUCAUUGCCCACGAAAGGGCCCACACAGGAGCAAAGCCUUACAGGUGCUCGGACUGCGGGAAAAGCUUCAAAGGGAGCUCAGAUCUUAGCAGACAUCAGAGAAUCCACACAGGAGAGAACUUGUGAGCAGCCCAAUUAUUAGGAAAAGUUCUUUUAAAUAAAUAGUGGUUUUGCA